ACUUCGGCAGAUCUGCAUUCAUCAUUCAGAAAAUGAUGUGAAGAAUAAACUCAAAGAUACAUACUGAAUCCUUAAGGUUCUACAAAACCAUAUAAAAUUACGUUUGACAUUUGUUGUUCAACAUGCUCCUAACAAGAUAUAGAUAGAAUCUUCUCAGAAUUUCCUCAGUUUAGCAGUUUCACAUAGUUCAUUAUUUUAUUACUUAAAUUCUUCUCUGAUAUUCAUAUAAAUGAUCAUCCUACAAAAAGAUUCUGCUAUGUUUUUCUAUCAAAAGCAUAGAUGGAAUUAGCAUCACUCUUUCUUUGAGGAGCUCUUUACAGCAAUCUCCAGGUGUUGUUUUUAGGAUCGAAAAGAUUUUGGCAAGAACUAAAAGUGACAUAGAUGUAAGAAUCGUUACCAAAUCCUUUUUCUCUCAUAAGAAACUAGGAAAAGACUUCUGAAUUUUUAUCUGUGGAAUGAGCAUUUUCAAAGAUGAAUGUCAUAUUUGUAGCGCUUACCCCCACGAGAGACGAGCUCCCUUCGACAACCAUGAUUCCUUUCCUUUUUUGUUCAUUGUAGUAAUUCCAAAUAUUCCAGCCAAUGCCCGAUGGGUACAGAAUGGAGUGACUGUUGCUGGAGGUCAUGGAGUAGGCAAUACCACCAAUCAACUCGUGGGACCUUGUGGUCUCUUCGUUGAUGAUGAUCAAACGAUAGUCAUCGCUGACUUCUGGAAUCAUCGUAUCAUCCAAUGGAAGAUGGGUGAUAAGAAUGGACAAGUAGUAGCUGGUGGCAAUGGCCAAGGGAAUCGAUUGGAUCAAUUGAAUGGUCCAACCGAUUUAUUGAUUGACAAAGAGACGGAUAGUCUCAUUAUUUGUGAAUGGUGGAAUGGACGAGUUGUACGAUGGUCUCGCCGUAGUGGUACAACUCAAGGAGAAAUCCUCAUCGACAACAUCGGUUGUCGAGGAUUGGCCAUGGAUGAUCAGGGAUAUCUCUACAUCUCUGACUACGUCAAACAUGAAGUAAAACGAUACCAAAUAGGAGACAAGAAUGGAACUAUUGUGGCUGGUGGCAAUGGCGAAGGUGCUGGUCUCAAUCAACUCAACUUUCCGACCUACCUCUUUGUCGAUCAACAACAGACUGUCUACGUGUCAGACAACAACAAUCAUCGUGUAAUGAAAUGGAAUAAAGGUGCAAAAGAAGGAAUUGUCGUCGCUGGAGGUCAAGGCAAAGGGAAUGCUCUGACACAGUUGUAUUAUCCUGAAGGACUGUUCGUCGAUACAUUGGGUACCAUCUAUGUGGCAGACUAUGGGAAUCAUCGAGUGAUGCGUUGGCCUAAAGGAGCGAAACAGGGCACUGUCAUUGUGGGUGGAAAUGGUAAAGGAGAAGGAGCAAAUCAGUUCAAAUAUCCCUUUGGUUUGUCCUUCGAUCUACAUGGCAAUCUCUAUGUCGUCGAUCAUCAGAAUAAUCGUGUUCAACGAUUUUCAAUCGAAUAG